UCACUCAUGCCCUUAAUUUCUUCUCAGAAAUGGCACCACGUAAGGGUAAGGAGAAGAAGGAAGAGCAGGUCAUCAGCUUGGGACCUCAGGUUGCCGAAGGAGAAAACGUGUUUGGUGUCUGCCAUAUCUUCGCUUCCUUCAAUGACACUUUUGUCCAUGUAACUGAUCUUUCUGGCAAGGAGACCAUCUGCCGAGUGACUGGCGGUAUGAAGGUGAAGGCCGACAGAGAUGAGUCUUCGCCUUAUGCUGCUAUGUUGGCAGCCCAGGAUGUUGCCCAGAGGUGCAAGGAGCUGGGCAUCACUGCCCUUCACAUCAAGCUGCGAGCUACAGGUGGAAAUAGGACCAAGACUCCUGGACCUGGUGCCCAGUCAGCCCUCAGAGCCCUGGCUCGUUCUGGAAUGAAGAUUGGACGUAUUGAGGAUGUGACCCCUAUCCCCUCCGACAGCACUCGCAGAAAGGGAGGUCGCCGUGGUCGUCGUCUGUAAACAGUGGCUGGAUUUUGUUUCGUCAUUAAACCUCUCAAAAGAAA